AUGCUCGAACACUUCCUCAGAGCAAUCUCAUUGUUGACAGUAAGCAGUCGGCAAGACCGCUCCAGGUCUUCCACAACAAUAGUCGCCCAAAAGCUUGCCGCCGAAGUGGAUGUACUACAAAGGAGGGUGGAGCGGGAACGCAAACUCGCUCAUUUGGAGGCGGAACGGGAGCGCGAACUCGCUCUCCUGGAGGUGGAGCGGGAGCGCAAACUCGCUCGCUUGGAAGAAGAAGCCGAGCAGAGUCAGCUAGCAGCCAAACUCGCCGCAUUGGAGGCUAAAGCUAAAUCUUGUAAUUCUUAUCAUUCAAGUCGACAUUCUGAAAAACGCACAGCGAGGUGGGUUGCCGAACAAGAUGCAACUAUGACAUUGGUAGCACCUGUGAACGUAUCUGGUAAGGCACCGUCUGUUACCUUGGACAACUCCCGAGGAACGUUGCAACAGUCGUCUGUCCCUGCCUACUCGGUGCAACUUCACGCUUCCAACGUCAAACAUGCAGAUCGGCCCACACCCACACCGAACACUACAAGCCCACAGAUGCUAUAG